AUGCCGCGAUUCACAACCAGCAAAGAGAACGUUUUGGCACAAUUCUUCAUCGGAAGCAUCGACCAGGGCACCACUAGCUCGCGCUUCAUCAUAUUCGACGGAACCGGUGAGCCAGUCGCCAGCCACCAACACGAGUUCCACCAACACUAUCCAGAGUCUGGCUGGCACGAACAUGAUCCCAAGGAACUGGUCGCGAGCGUGGAAGUGUGCGUGAAGAAAGCCACACAUGCUUUCACCGAGCUUGGGCACGAUUUGGACGAUCUGCGCGUUAUUGGAAUCACGAACCAGCGAGAGACUGCCCUUGUCUGGGACUACGAGACCGGAGAGCCUCUUCACAAUGCUAUUGCUUGGCCGGACACUCGCACGAAAGGUCUUGUUCGCGAUCUGAAGGCGAAGGAGAAAGAGCUUGGACUCAACUUGUCAGCGAAGACUGGAAUGCCGCUGUCCACAUAUCCUUCGGCGGUGAAGUUGAUGUGGCUGCUUAGCAACGUACCAGAGGUGAAGCAAGCAUAUGAUGAGGGCAGACUGGCAUUCGGCACAGUGGACACAUGGCUGUUGUACAACCUGAACGGCAAGGAUCCCAAGUACUUUGUCACGGACAGUACCAAUGCCUCGAGAACCAUGUUCAUGAAUCUGCACACUGUCAAGUACGACAAGGAGCUUCUGGAGUUCUUCGAUCUGGAUAUCGGGAAGCUGCAUCUUCCUCGGAUCGUGCCUUCGUCCGACGCUGAGGCAUAUGGAGCUAUGGCAUCGGGAGCGUUGGCCGGCAAACGAAUAGCCGGAUGUCUAGGGGAUCAAUCGGCGGCCCUUGUCGGGCAGCAAGGCUUUAAUCCGGGAUGUGCAAAGAACACCUACGGCACAGGCUGCUUUCUCCUUUACAACGUUGGAGAAAAGCCCGUCAUAUCGACCCAUGGCUUACUCGCUACCAUAGCCUACGACUUCGGUGGCCGUCGAAAACCCGUAUACGCACUCGAAGGUUCCAUUGCCGUUGCCGGCUCCGGCGUCAAAUUCCUCAUGGACAACAUGGGCUUCAUCACCCACGCGGAGAAAAUCUCCGACCUCGCCGCCACAGUCGAAGACAACGGCGGCUGCGUCUUUGUCACCGCCUUCUCCGGCCUCUUUGCGCCCUACUGGAUCGACGACGCCAAGGGCACAAUCUUCGGCAUCACCCAACACACGCAACGCGGACACAUCGCGCGCGCCACCCUCGAAGCGACCUGCUUCCAGACCAAAGCGAUCCUCGAUGCCAUGGAGCUCGACAGCGGGCAUAAACUCUCCGACCUCGCGGUCGAUGGAGGCAUGUCGAGUUCGAAUUUGUGUAUGCAGACGCAGGCGAAUAUUAUUGGGAUUCCAGUAGAUCGACCGGCGAUGAGGGAGACGACGGCGUUGGGCGCGGCGAUUGCGGCGGGGUUCGCGGUAGGAAUUUGGAAAGAGUUUGGGGAGUUGAAGGCGAUCAAUCAGAAGGAUCGGAUGCAGUUUCAUCCGGACGUGGAUCGGGAACAGUCGGAGAAGAUGUUCACGAAGUGGAAGAGGGCUGUGUCGAUGUCGAAGGGAUGGCUUGAUCCGGGCGAAGGAAGUGAGGAUUUCUAG